GCGGCCCCGCUCCUUCUUCCCAUCGGCCUCGGCUUGCGGGCCUUUCAAACAUGGAGGAGCGGGAGCAGGGGGCGAGGUCGGCUCGCACUGGGAGCCCCGCGCGCCCGCCCAGCCCGCGCCUGGAUGUCAGCUCUGACAGCUUCGACCCGCUGCUGGCCCUGUAUGCGCCCCGCCUGCCUCCCAUUCCCUACCCCAACGCGCCCUGCUUCAACAACGUGGCCGAGUACGAGAGCUUCCUCAGGACCGGGUUACGGAGCGGCGGGCGCGGGCGGGCGCGGGGCGCGGCCGCUGGCUCAGGGGGCCCCGCUGCGGCCGCCGGGCCCUCGGGCAGGACUCGCCGCCGCCCGGACGCCCCCGCCCCGGACCCCGAGCGCAUCCAGCGCCUCCGCCGCCUCAUGGUGACCAAAGAGGAAGGGGACGAGGCCGCCGACGCGCGGCGGCGGGGUCCGGGUCGGAGCAGGAAGGCGCCGCGCAACGUGCUCACGAGAAUGCCCUUGCACGAAGGCAGCCCUCUGGGUGAACUCCAUCGUUGUAUCCGGGAGGGGGUGAAGGUGAAUGUUCACAUCCGCACUUUCAAGGGACUUCGGGGCGUCUGUACCGGCUUCCUCGUUGCAUUUGACAAGUUCUGGAAUAUGGCACUUACUGAUGUGGAUGAGACCUACCGAAAACCUGUUCUAGGCAAAGCAUAUGAACGGGAUUCUUCAUUGACUCUCACCAGGCUCUUUGAUCGACUAAAACUGCAAGAUUCCUCCAAGAAGGAAACAGAUUCUAAGUCUGCAGUUGAAGACUCCACUCUCUCCAGAUACUCCCAGACAUCCACAUGGAAGGUGGCCUCGGUGUGGGGAAGAGGAGACACCGACCGGAGUUCACGCAGGCGUUCCCGCUCUGUCCCUUCUUCCCUGCAGGCGUCUGCAAGGGAGGAGUCCAGGUCAGAGCUGUCAGGGAGGACUACACGGACAGAAGGGUCCAGUGCGGGGGGUACCUUUUCCAGGGCUACCACCCUUUCCAGGGGCCAGUCCCGUAAGAAAAAGAGAAAGCCCAAAGUGGAUUACCAGCAGGUUUUCACUCGACAUAUAAAUCAGAUUUUCAUUCGAGGCGAGAACGUCCUGCUGGUUCAUCUUGCACAGUGACUGGCUCAACCUCACUUGAGCUUUGGUUUUAGAAAUACAAUGCAUGAAUUGCUGCUAUGCUGUAUCCUAGUAUCCCAGUGUAACUCUGAGUUGGAGUGAUCCCUCUGGUCCAGCAUGUGCAGAGCAUAGAGCCAGGCUCGGGCCCUCUGGGAGAUGAGGUCCUGAAGGGAAAACAGGGCUUGAGAGGGUGGUGGGUGUGUGCAUUAAUAUCACAGCAAAAGCUGUACAGAGCAUGGUAUAUGCAUCUGAUUUGGUAUUAGGGUCUACUGCAUACACUCAAACCAAAUAUAAGAUCUUGAAUUGGGGAGCAUGGUAUGAAUUGAAUUAACUUCACAGACACUAUAGCAUGGCGAAGGAGAAAGCCUCCUCAGGGAGAAUGAUCUCAUUUCUAGAAGCUAGUGCCCUGAGUACUCAUGAAUUUGUAUCUAAGAGUAGCAGUAUAAAUCACCCCGAGCCCUGCAUCCGCACCUUGUAACUAACCUUUAAG